UUGUGUACUGUGGUUGGUUUGAAUGUGUGGCAAUAAUUUUAUUACCGUCUGUGAUUUCCUAUUCGCAAUAUUAAAAUAAAAGUUAAUUUAGUUUCGUGAUGUUUGCUGUUAAUAAUAGUGAGUAAGUUUUAGGUCUUAUUUUGAGGUAUGACCAGUGUUAUAAACAGUCUAAGGACGAAGUUAUGUUAAUUUACUCCCUAUGUCACCGGGUUCCACCUAUGUACCUGGCGCUUAAAGACUUGAAGCGUCGGAGGAUGAUGAAGUGAGGGUGACGAGAUGUUGUCGUGUUUAGCUGUCUUGCUGCUCGUCGAGGCAUCAUUACUGCACGCACUUGACAUAUCUCAAUGUAUAGCGCCUCUCGGAAUGGAGAGCGGCCUGAUUGCCGACAAGGACGUCACUGCUAGUUCUUGUUAUAACGAUGGCAACGUCGCGCCGCAGAACGGAAGGCUAAAUCAAGACAUCAAAGGAGGUGCAUGGUGUCCUAGAUCCCAAAUCACGACUGAAUCCACAGAGUGGCUAGAAAUUGACCUUCACACUGUACACGUAAUCACCGGUGCAGGCACCCAGGGUCGUUUCGGUAACGGCCAAGGUCAAGAGUACGCGGAGGCCUACGUACUUGAAUAUUGGCGCCCUAAACUUGGGAAAUGGGUACGAUACAGGAGCUUAGACGGCCAAGAGAAACUGACCGGUAAUACUAACACAUACUUGGAAAAGAAGAAUCAUCUAGAGCCGCCGAUCUGGGCGUCCAAAGUUCGUUUCAUUCCUUACAGUUCGCAUAGACGGACUGUUUGUAUGAGAGUUGAAUUGUAUGGAUGCUAUUGGAGCGUGGGAGUGGUUUCGUAUUCGAUGCCUAAAGGCGAUAGACGUAGUAAUGGAAUCGAACUCACGGACAUGAUCUACGACGGUCAGUGGGGCGAGGAGCUCCGCGGGGGCUUGGGCCAACUGGUGGACGGUCAGUUCGGAAGCGACGACAUCCGAGAAGCCUCUAAGAACUCCGCCUGGGUCGGCUGGAGAAACGACUCGAGACCAGAUCCCCCGGUCAUCAUAUUCGAAUUCGACAAAGUCCGCGAGUUCAGCGCUGUACAUAUAUUUUGUAAUAAUAAGUUCAUGAGGGAUGUACUAGUGUUCUCUGAAGCAAUUAUAUCAUUUUCGAUCGGCGGUCGUCACUUUCAAGACGAACCUAUCCACUAUACAUACGUUCAAGACAAGAUCUUCGAGAACGCUCGUAACGUGAGCAUUAAACUACACCAUAGAAUAGGGAAGUGGGUGCGGAUCGAACUUCAGUUUGCCGCGAGGUGGAUACUUGUUAGCGAGAUCGUUUUUGAUUCAGACGUAGCACAAGGCAAUUACACACCGGAAAGUAUGAAGCCACCGGUCAGUAAGGAUAAAACGAAAGUGAUUUCAAGUAAAGAGGUACCUAUUUCGACGGCCCAUCAGGAAGAUCCGCUGUACGUCGCGAUUGUCGUGGGAGUGUUGACCGCUCUCGUCAUACUGUUGGCCGUUGCGAUAUUCCUUAUAAUACACCGACACAAACAUAGGAAGUGUUUCGCUUCUCCGCUUGCGAAGUCGGCUGUCUCGCAGAAACGGGCCGUUGAGAGCUACAGUGGGUGCGGUACGUCUAUGCUACCCGAGAACAAAAUGAUCUUAGACUGCGGUCUCGAUGUCAAGUCAGACGAGUACCAGGAGCCCUAUCAGGCUCUCAAAUGCGCUCCCUACUUUAGUUACAGCACGGUCCUGCUCGAGAUGAAAGAUUUUAAGGACUCCAACACCGCGCUCUCUGACAGUUCGAACUACGAUUAUGCGGUACCAGAAUUGAGUUCGGCUCCGUUGUUAACGAAGCGGAUGGGAGAAACGCUUUCCCAGCAAGCUACCGAGCUUGUUGGCGAGCCGAUGGACACGUUACCUGACCUCGGAACGAGACGAUCCCUCAAUCCUUCCGUACGAUCCAAACAAAGCACGAGAUCGCCGAGUCAACAAGAAAUAUUGUUGGAUCUGAAGAGACGCCUCGAAACUACUAACGUUAUUGAGUUCCCGAGGCACAGACUCCGGAUGAUCUCUAAGUUAGCCGAGGGCGCCUUCGGAACCGUUUACGUAGCGGAAGCGGACGGUGUGCCUGAAUAUAACGGAGCCAUUACGUCGGAGAAGAGAUUAGUGGCCGUCAAAUUCUUAUGUCACGACGCCACGCUCAAGGAGAGGUAUAUCAUGGAGGAGUUCGAACGCGACGUCCGCAUAUUGGCCGCGUUGUCCUCGCCUCACCUCGCGAGGGUAUUGGGCGCGUGUCGCUCGCCGCCCCUCGCCGUGGUGCUGGAGUACCUUGAGCUCGGGGACCUGUGUGCGUUCCUGCGGGCUGCUAUUCCGCCGACGGCAGCCACGCUCCUGCACAUUGCCACGCAGAUAGCCGCUGGAAUGCAAUACCUCGAAUCGCUCAAUUUCGUUCACAGGGACUUAGCAGCUAGGAAUUGUCUGAUCGGGAAGGGUUAUCAAAUUAAAAUAAGCGAUUUCGGCACCGACAACGAGGCGUACACUUGCGACUAUUAUAAAGUGGACGGUCGCGUACCGCUGCCUCUGCGCUGGGCGGCCUGGGAGUCGGUGCUCCGGGGAAAGUACACGACCAAGAGCGACGUGUGGGCGUUCGCGGUCACGCUGCACGAGAUAUACUCGCUCUGCCGACGGCGCCCCUACGAGCACCUAACCGACUGCGAGGUUUUGGAUAAUCUGUCGCACUUACAAGCGGACGACGGUAUGUUCGAGUGCGUCGACCGCGCCCCCGGCUGUCCCCGGGACCUCUACGAGCUGAUGCUGGAAUGCUGGCGGAGAGACGAACUGGACCGGCCCACGUUCGGUGAGAUCCAUCUCUUCCUGCAGCGCAAGAGUCUCAACUACGCGACCACGUGAUCCAGGCGCGUCCACUGCCCGACUCUGUUCCCGGGCGCGGAAUAGCGAUCGCGUCGGAGCGACGGUCGGGACCCGGGAUGCAGAUGCUACGCGAUCGACGAACACGUCGCGGAGACGAGGUUCUGAGCUCGCGGGCGACCUUUGAACUUCUUUGUGUGUUUGUGUGUGUGCUCGAUGCGCUUCUUUCGUUUUUGACUCUGGCACGGUUUGUGCAUUGGCCAGUGUCAAGUAAUAAGAUUUUUAUAUAAU